UCGGCAGUCCUAUAGUGCUGCAGCGACGAGGAUCAGUUUAUGGAGCUAAUGUGCCGAUGAUCACAGAACUUGUGAAUGAUAGUAACGUUCAAUUUCUUGAUCAGGAUGAUGACGAUGACCCCGAUACGGAACUCUACCUCACACAGCCGUUUGCCUGUGGAACUGCCUUUGCUGUCAGCGUAUUAGACUCACUCAUGUCGACGACCUAUUUUAACCAGAACGCACUGACCUUAAUUCGAUCGUUAAUUACUGGGGGAGCGACACCUGAAUUAGAAUUGAUUCUAGCUGAAGGUGCAGGAUUAAGAGGUGGUUAUAGCACUACAGAUAGUUUAGCUAACAGAGAUCGGUGUCGAGUCGGUCAAAUCUCGCUUUACGAUGGUCCAUUGGCUCAAUAUGGCGAGGGAGGCAAGUACGGUGACCUGUUUGUUGCUGCAUUAAAAUCAUAUGGAAUGCUGUGCAUUGGAUUGUACAGGUUUCGAGAUACAAGCUCGUCAGCUGAUGCAUCGUCGAAGCGUUACGUUAUCACUAAUCCACCCGAUGAUUUCACAUUACUACCGACUGAUCAGGUUUUCGUGCUAAUGCAGUUUGAUCCAGGUCUUGAAUACAGACCGAACAGAGGAACUCGUGGAAAAGAUGAUGCUUCC